UUCGGCUGCACCCUGCUGACCUCGAGGGAUGUGAAACUGGUCAAGAAGAUGCUCUCCUCCGCCCACAAACUGCCCACGAGGAGCUGCAGGAGAGGGAGGGCAUUGCUGUGGCGCUCAGUAUCAUGUCCACGAAACACCUGGAGCCAGCCCUGGAUGAGCUGCAGGUGUAUAGUGCUCUACUCACUGACAAGGACUCAUCGUCCAUCCUCAAGCUGAUGAAGGAGCAUCAGCAAAGGGAAUGGGGGCUCAUCUGUAACACCAUCUACUUAAGCUAUGGCAAGAUUAUUUUAGAGAGUGAGGGAGCUGUCAAGCAUUUAGAUGCCAUUCUCGCUUUGGUCCUGCAACACUACUGCAACUGUAUUGUGGAAAAGGGUAUGAACCUGAAGCUGGAUUAUCUGAACGCCCUGACCAAGCUGACAAACAUCCUGAGCAGCCAGCCCCUGGCCUUUCAAUUCAAGUUCCCUCAGAAACUGGAAAUUGUAACCUUCAUGGUGGAGCUAAUCAAGGAGGAGCCGUUGAACUCCAUCUCCAGCCCCAUUAGGCAGAAGGCAAUGAACAUCAUCACUGACUUCAGGAAUCUCAGGUCCCUCUUAGAGGUGGAAGGAAGAGCCGAGCUACUCUCUACCUGCUAUAAGAGCAUAUUCUGCCUGCCCGCUGUGGAGGCUCUGCAGAAGGAAGCUUCCAGUCCCAAGGAGGCCCAGGCCAAUGUGGAGCUGUUCAGGGAGACCCUGCAAUCCCUCCGAAGACUAUUGGAGACUCUUGUCGUUGAGAAGCCCACUUGGACCUGGUACUGGUUGGAGCUUCUGGACACAUGGCUGAAUUCCAAGAAGGACAAUGAACGGGAACGGGCCAUGUGGUGCACUGCCUGUAUCCUUGGUUUUACUGCAAAAAUGAACAACUUUGAAAUUGAGGAAGUUGUGGAGGGCAUCCUGAAACGGCUCAACUUGCCGCUGGAGCCCAGCACGAAGGAGGAGACCCUACGUGCUCACUGGCAGGCACCAACACCCACAUGGUCAUGCCCAUGCUGCUCAACAAGCCCCUGCCUUGGGAUAGAACCAAUCUGGCCCUGUGGAAGGCAUUUGGCACCCAGCGAGAGACCACAAUCAACGUUCUGCAGCUGCUCAUAGACAUCCUGGAAAAGCUCCACUCCAGAAGGGAAACGAGGAAGAUGGCCUUCCAGCCUGUGGUGGUAGCAUGUGCCUUGUGUGAAAUGCUAUCAGGGUCCUUAUGCCAGGAGGCCAUCCAAGAACUCUGUCCUUGGCUGUUGCUGGCUGUGCUAUGUCAUCUCUACUGGGUGACUGAGCAAAAUGUUCCCACAAAGAUAGUGGUCUACAGCAAAGAGGGGGGCCCAGGAGGCAAGAGGAAGCCCUUUGACCCCACUAGUGGCAUUGUGAAGAAUUGUGAACCUGACAUUCUGCACCGAAUUCUGAAGCCUGUCAGGAAGCUCCUCUACAGCGUCGAUGAUCAUUGGAGGAUCCUGGCCAGGGCCUUCACUGCGCAGCUCCUCUGGCACCGAUCAGUGGCUCAGACUCUGGGGCAAGACUUUUUGGGCAAUCUAAUCAAGUGGAUCAAGGAGCCCAACCUCGUCAUGAAAGAAAUUGGGCUCCGUGGAAUCAGUAACCUGACACUGCACCCAGGACAAUCAGAGUCUCUGAAGAGCCUGGUUCCCGUCUUGCGAGACUUCCUUCUUGCGAGACUUCCUUCUUGCGAGACCUCCUGAAGAAUGAGGUACGAGUGACAGUGCAGGCAGUGAAGUGCCUGCGGAACAUCAUCUGCCAUGGGCAGGGAGAGGACAUCAAGGUGGUCUUUUGCAGCAUCUCCAAGCAGCUGUGUCCGCUCAUCAAUCAUGGCAGGAGAGGGACGAGGUGAGGAUUUCAGCCACCUCUGCCCUGGGCCACAUGGUACAUCGAGUUCACAAAUUCAAGCCUGGAUCCGCCCUCCAAAAAGAGAUCUACACUUUUCUAGUCCCACUGCUGCUCAGCA